AUGGACGAACGACGCUAUCGAUCGUGUCAACGUUGUUUUAAGCUCAAUAACUUAUGUAUCUCAUUGUUGUCUUCAGACAGCUGUGAAAAUCUACUUGGAGGAAAAUCUGAGGAAAAUGCACAAUGUUAUUCAGCAACAUUUUGUGCAGGAAGUGGUGAAUAUACAGGACGAUGGUCGAAAUGGAUAAUUGUAACGGCAUGCGAAAUGAAAACGAAAUCGUCGUGUAAAGGUGAAGAAAUCAUGGAACGUUUGUGUAAAGCUACAAAUAAAACUCGUGAACUGGGAAAAAGUUCUAAACAGCUGAAUUUUUCCUGUAGCUUUUUUGAUGGAUAUAGUACCAAGAAAAUAACAUCGUGUGGGCUUGGACUCGUUGGUCGUCAUGGAGUGAAUGUGGUCAAACCUGCGAUAUCAAAAGAAAAUUUCGUCGCCGACGCUGUACAGGAUUCGGUCGACCUUGUCUUUGUUCGCGAACGUGGGAUCCUGAACAACUGGUUAUCUGCGGCGAAGAAACUGGUAGAUGUUCGAAGAAAAGAGGACACUGCAUCGUUCAUGGAACAUGGAACGAUGAUAUGGCUUUUGAAUGGUGAACUUGUUCAAAAUGGCGGUUUACUAUUAAAAAUGUUCAAUGUUACGAAUAAUCAAAGUGGUGUAUUAGUGUGUAUGAUCAACAUUGAGUCCUAUGAUUAUCCCGUUAAAUUUUGGUCAAUAAUUGUUGUUCACGAUCCAGUUGAUCUCGAUGUUUCAUUUGGCUCAGAUAUUUCAUUGACAUGUUCCCUUGAUCAGUUAGAUGUUUUGGUUCCAAAUCGUGUCGAGUUAAUAUGGAUGUAUAAUUUCACCUAUGUGUUUCGAAUGCCAGAAACAAAUCAACCAAACAACAUGUUAUAUUUAGAACAUGUCACAGUACAAGAUAGCGGAAUCUACGGAUGUAUAGCAAUUGAAAAACAACAUAAACAAACAGUUUUAGGCAAAGAUAUAGCAGUGGAAAAACGAAGAAAAUGGUUGUCGAAUUAUACGAGAUUAAAAGUUAAACCUGGUAAAAAUCUUCGGUUUCUGUGGACGGUCAUUUUUCUGGUACUGAUCACAUGUACUAUAGUUCUCGUGGUCGUUGUGAGAAAUGUUCGAAGUAUCCGUAACGAUCACGAACGAUUGAAAAAAGUCACACAAAUGAGGAGAUAG